CUCGUCGCCGGAAGUGGGAUCAUGCUAGUUGUUCGAAUCUCGCGUCGUGAGAGUGGACGUGAGAGAAGUUGGUAGCAGCGUUAGGUUCUUUUUUCCGGUUUGCGGAUACUCCGAAACCAAGAUGGUGAAGAUUAUGAAAGUAGGAAAGGUCGUACUGGUCCUUAGUGGCCGGUACGCCGGACGUAAAGCCAUUGUCAUGCGUAAUUUUGACGAUGGUACAUCCGAAAAACAAUACGGCCAUGCUUGGGUUGCUGGCAUCGACCGAUACCCUCGCAAAGUACAUAAGCGUAUGGGCAAGGGAAAGCUCCACAAACGCUCCAAAAUAAAGCCUUUUGUCAAGAUGUUGAAUUAUAACCAUUUGAUGCCCACGAGAUACACGGUUGAUCUGGCAUUAGACAAAGCACAGAUCAAAGAUCUCAAGGAUCCCAUGAAACGCAAGAAGGUGCGAUUCCAGACUCGUGUAAAGUUUGAAGAGAGGUACAAAUCCGGCAAGAACAAGUGGUUUUUCCAGAAGUUGCGAUUCUAAAUGCUUUUAUAUAUCGGGGUCAAUAAAAACAUGUAAAAAUUA